AUAAAUAUUCUUUACACUUUAUAAAAAAUCAAAUUAGAAUAUUCUUUAACAAUCAAUAAACAUCAUUGUUUCAAUUGAUUUUUGGAGUUUGGAGUCACUUUUGUAAACUUCUUAAUAAGAAUUGAUGAAUAAAUUUUGGAGUAAUCAGAUAAGGAUGGAUAAAAUUUGAGAUUUCCGAUAAGUGAAUUGACAUGAAAUGAAAAAGAUUAGAUGGCAGCACUGUAGUUUUCAUUCAUCAAUUAAUCAUCACAUUACACAGUACAUUGACCAAUGCCGUGAAUUUCAUCCAAUUUCAGGCUAUGUCUUCCUUGAUAAACUAACAAGAAUUUGAAUCUUAAUUUUGACAAGUCCGUCCCAAAUUAUGUCUCAAGAAAUAAAAAAACGAAAAAAAGAUGUUAAAAAGGACAAAAUCGAAACAGUGAAAUCUGAAAGAAAAACUGAAAAUAAAGAAGAAAAUGAAGAAGUCAAACCAAAAUUCGGUCCAAGAGUGUCAUUUCCUUAUCAAAAAGUCUGGUCCAGAUCUAUUUUAAUAUUCGGAGUUCUUAUAAUAGUUUGGUACAAUAGUAAACGUGGUAAAGAAACAGUAUUUGCCGGGCAAAAAGAAAUUCUAACUCGAACACAAAGUUUAGAAUGCGCACUUGAUUAUAAGACAGAAUUGGAAAAGUAUCCUGAAUGUGUGCCUGAGAAAUGUGGAAGGGUAGUUACUGAUAAGUUAGUUUCAGCUACUGAGACAGAUGUAUUAUUAAAGAUAGCUGUGAAUGGCAUAAAUUUAGGAGGCUCUGAUGGUGGUGCAAGUAUUCUAGAUCUUCAUAGUGGUGCUUUGAGUAAAGGAAAAGGAUUUAUAAAUAUUUAUGCACUUGAAGAAGCUGCUAAAAUUUUCAAUCCUCCUGACUUUGCUAUUUACAAAGUGGUUAAAACUAAAAUUCAGCAUGCUAUAGCUCAUCAUUUUGGCGUUGAUGCUGACAAAAUUUAUCUCACAAAACCAACUUUCUUUUCAAGAAUGACCAAUGCAUCAGCACAAACUAUCCAUGAUGAGUAUUGGCAUCCUCACAUUGAUAAGGAAACGUAUGAACAUUUUCAUUAUACAUCACUUCUUUACUUAAGUGAUUACGGAAGAGAUUUUCAAGGCGGAAGAUUUAUUUUCAUUGAUAAAAAUAAUGUGAAUUCUACUAUUGAACCUAGAAAAGGAAGAGUAUCAAUGUUCACAUCAGGAGGUGAGAAUAUACAUGCUGUAGAGCAAAUAACUUCCGGCACAAGGUAUGCUCUCACAGUCUCUUUCACUUGUAAUGUUAAAGCUGCAAUAUCAGAUCCUAGUUUUGUAAAAGGAUCAAAGCGUGUAUGAGUGAUUUUUCAACAAAUGUAUUUAUUACAAACAGUAUUUCAGUAAGAUAAGAGUACUAGCGAGCACAAUAUUAUAAACAAAAUAUAUAAUUAUUUAUAGGGUUGAAAGUAAAACUUGUAUAUGCGAAUUUUAAAUUAGUCAAUUUUUAUGAAUUAAUUUAUAAUUAUUAAUUAAUUGUUGGUCUUUUUGAUAAAAAUGAAUAGUAUUAUUGUAAAAUAUAAUGUAUGAAGGAAAUAACUAAAGAGUGAAAUAAAAGUGAGAAAAUAA